CCAAUUGGAUUAUCUGUAUCCAAAUUUUUUGUGCUCAAAGUAACUUCAAAGCUAUUCUUUGUUCCUGGCUAGGCCUUGAUUUGCAGAGGAAGAACAGGCUUUUUUUUCUCUAUUUAAUUUUCUUUAUUUAAUUUUCUUUUGCAAUUAAGGUAAUCUUUUUCUUGAUCCCUGAAAUGGACCCUUUAAACUUCUUCUUAUUCUUCGUCUUCCUUCGACCAAUUUUGACAAAUGGUGAAAUCUGCCCUGUGUUUUCAUGCGGCAAUGUAAUAGUUGACUUCCCUUUCCGGCUCCCAUAUUCACCUCACUGCUGCGGCAAUCCCAACUUCAACCUCUCAUGCAGAAUUGGACAGCAUAAUUUGCUAGAUCAAACCAUCAUCAACUUCCCAAUUUCUGGUGAUUUUAGGGUCCACGCCAUCAUUUAUUCCACUGCCAAAUUACUGAUCACUGACCCUUGCAUUCCCAAACGUCUCCUUCAGGGAUUCCAUCUCUCCGGUACUCCUUUUCACCCACCAUACCCUGAAACCUACAUAUUUUUAAACUGUUCCUCCCAAUCCAAUAUCUCAAUGGUCUAUCCUGGAAUACGUUUUUCUUGCCUUAGUGGUAUUAACUUUUCGAUUUGGGGUAUACCUACAAUCGAUUAUAACUCAUCUUCCUCGUUGAGUUGGUGUGUAGAGAUAGCAAAGAUUAUGGUGCCCCUUAGGAAUCCAAAUCAUAGGUACUUCAUUGAUGAUAUUGUGUUAACAUGGAAACAACCCGGUGGUAAUUGUUCCAUAAAAAAAAAGAGGUUUUUCAAGCGGUACCAAAUAUGCCUUGAUUUUUAUCCUGGGAACACCCAUCACCUUGAUUGUGCUGUGUAUUAUUGUUUACAAUGUUUUUCCUUGCUGUGAUCAUGGGCAGCAGCCAAAUGUUGAAAUCUCCAGCUUCACUGCGGAGCAGACUGUAAAUGGUCUCGAUGGUUCAAGGAUCGAAGCCUAUCCAAUUAAUUUGCUUGGUGAAAACUUCAAGCUUUCAAGGCCUAAUGAUAAUACAUGUUCAAUAUGUCUAUCGGAAUAUGAAGCCAAAGAGUCCAUAAGAACCAUACCUGAUUGCAGUCACUACUUUCAUGCUAAUUGCAUUGAUGAGUGGCUUAAGUUAAAUGCUGCUUGCCCUGUUUGUCGCAAUGCACCGAACCAGACCGUUCCACAUCCUCAUUAUCAAGACCACCACUAUAGAUGAUUAAUUUUGUAUAAUUUUUAUUUUUUGGGGGGGGUUCAACUGUGUUUGUAUUAUACGUAGUGUUAUAAUCUUCAAUGUAUUAGAAUUGAUUUUUUUGACAUGCUUGAUGGCUAAUCUAGCUCUUUCCACAGGU